CACUGGGCUGCGCUCGGGAGCGGGAGUGACGCGUCCGGCCCUGGUGGGGAAGGAGGCGGGCAGGUGGCCCAGCCUGGUCUCUGGAGGAGAGGGCUCUUCUGCCCUUGGUCGCCGGGCCUUGGGAUAACGGUCCUAGGCUCGGGGCUCCGCGCCCAGGCGGGCCGCGGCAGGUCGGCGCGGGACGCCACUGCGCUCCUGUGGGGGUCCGAGGCUGCAGCUCCCUGCCGGCCACGCCUGCUCCAGGGAGCCCGGGAGCCCGGUGGGUCCGCCCCGCGCUCCGCUCCUCCUCGCCUCCCUGGCCCGAGCGCGACCGCUGGGAGGGGAGCUUUGGGUUUCUCAGUACCCUUUGGCCCUCCUACAAUGCAGGCAGCUCCCAAGGUCACAGAGUUGCAUCUGCCUGUUGCAGAUAUCUUGUGCUUUUAUUCGAGUGUUUGUAAAUGGGCUACUGUUUCCUCUGUUGUGCCAGAGAAUUAGGAUUCAGAGAAGAGGACUCUAAAAAUACUAAUCGGCAUAUCCAAACAGGCUGAUCCGCAUUACUGGCUAGUGAACCUAGGUUUCAAAAGGAAAUAAGGAGGACACUUUUCACUGUGGGUGCUUUGUAUUUCCGGCCCUUGCACUGAAAAUUGGCCUAGACGUUUUACAACAUUUAUCUUAGAAUUCCGUGUAAGAUCUGGAAUGGACUAUAGAGUUCUCCAGGCCUUGUCUCCUUUCUCCUUUUUUCUGUUCCUUUUUUGUUGUUUCUGGAAAACAAGCUCUAUAGGUGGGAUUGAUUUUUCCACACUUAUGCUGCAAGCCAGGGGGAGAGAGAUUGGGACUCCAGUCAACCCUGUCCAGACAGCUACUAUUUUCUUCAUUUCAGAUGAAAGCUGUACAGAACUUGACCUUCAUAAAGCUCUCUCAGGAUAGCAUUCUUGGGAAUGGCUUGUGUAUUGACAUGGGUUAGUCCACAGAUAGCAUUUCAUUUGUCAGAAUAGGGUUAAGUAGUAAGUGUAGUCAUGCAGAAAAUUCCUUCUGAGAUGAGACAGAUAUCUGCAAUAGUUUGGACUAUUUUUCAUUUGUACUUUCAACAGAGGAGCUAGUGAAUAUUAAAAGUGACAUCUUGGUCAUUUUUGGAUUUUAGUUCUGUGAGGCUAAAUUGAUUAAGUUUUAUUUGUUCUUGUCCAAAUAUUUUUCCACCAGUAAAAAGCCCAAAUGUAGCUUUCUGACUUUGUUUUAUUUUUAACUGAAUAAUUGCUUUAAAGAUAUUCAUAUCUCAAUGAAAAGGCUUCUCCUACCUUAAAAUCCGUCUGCUUUCUUGCUGGUAAAUAUUUGAGUUGGAUUUCAGAACAGAAGUAGGAUUUUUUUUUCCCAUCUUCCAAGAUAUUUCGACUCUAUUUAGUUCUAUAUUUAGGUUUACCCCAAGUUUUGAUUUCAACUGAUUAAACUAUGACCCAAAUCCAAACCUCAGCCAAAUUUAGUUUCAGCUUAAAAAUACAAGAAACUUCUCUGUUAUAUGACUUCUAGCAGAGCCCCAAAGGGGCCAUGUUCUGUUUUUUCAUGAGAGCUUCACAUGGAAGUUUUUGAAAUGUUAAGAUAUUAUCACAUACAUGUACUUUAUUUCUCUAUAUUACUGCCCAAAGGCAUUCAUGGCUGGAGGGUUAUCAUUGAAGUUGCUCAUUGUAACAUGUGAUAUUAGCUACCAAGUCAGAAUGCAUUUCCUGGUUUCCAGUUGUACAGCUUCUGCCAGCACGUUAUCUCUGAGGAACCUGGAAUUAUAAGUAUGGCCAUACUUAAAUAGAAGAUUCUUUGGUGUUUCAGUAAAGGCAGGGUUUUUAUACUAUUCUGUAGUAGUAACGCAGACAUAUACACAGAACUAGCCAAUAUAGAGGAAGAAAUGUUUCAGUGAAGGCAGUGUUUUAGUACAAUUCUACAGUAGCAAUACAGACAUAUGCACAAAAUUACCCAAUGUUCUUUCCUUAGGGUGCAUCCUUUGUUUUUCUGGUUUUGGUCUUUUCAUCCUAGGAUGGCAUUAGCUCUGUGUCUGCAGGUGCUGUGCAGCCUGUGUGGCUGGCUUUCACUCUAUACAUCUUUCUGCUACCUGAAUAAGCACCGAAGCUAUGAGUGGAGCUGCCGGCUGGUGACAUUCACCCAUGGAGUCCUCUCAAUAGGCCUCUCAGCUUAUAUUGGCUUCAUUGAUGGCCCAUGGCCUUUUACUCAUCCAGGCUCACCCAAUACAACUCUCCAAGUUCAUGUUCUGUGUCUCACCCUGGGCUAUUUCAUCUUUGACUUGGGUUGGUGCAUCUACUUCCAUUCUGAGGGUCCCUUGAUGCUGGCUCACCACACACUGAGCAUCUUGGGCAUCAUCAUGGCCCUGGUGCUUGGAGAGUCAGGCACGGAGGUCAAUGCAGUCCUCUUUGGAAGUGAGAUCACCAACCCCUUGCUGCAGAUGCGUUGGUUUCUCCGUGAAACCGGGCACUAUCACAGUUUCGCUGGAGAUGUGGUGGACUUCCUCUUCGUGGCUCUGUUCACUGGAGUGAGGAUUGGUAUAGGAGCUUGCCUCCUUUUCUGUGAAAUGGUCUCACCCACACCCAAGUGGUUUGUGAAGGUUGGGGGAGUAGCGAUGUAUGCUGUAUCUUGGUGUUUUAUGUUUAGCAUCUGGGGCUUUGCUUGGAAGAAAAGCGUCAAGAAGUACCAUUCCUGGAGAAGCAGGCGGAGUGAGGAACGGCAGCUAAAGCAUAAUGUACAUCUCAAGAUACACUAGCCAAGGCUUGCUUCAGAUAGCAGGACCGGUGAAGUCAGCCAUGGGAACUGGGUUGGAAAUAUGACUGUUACUGAAUCAUGUUUAUAACAAACGUAGGUUUCCAAAAAGGGCUAAAAUUAUUGAUCACUUUAGUUAGUCUUUAAGCCAAGUAUACAGUGUUAAAACACUAGCUUCCACAGUGGCAGGUAUUGAAAAAAAGAAUUGUCAGGGUAGUUGAGAAAGGUCAGGGCUGUGAAGUGAGAACUGAUGGCAUUCCUUUUUGUGUGUGGUGACCCUAGGUCCUCUUGUCCUAGGAAGGCUUGAUAUGCAGACAGCUUUGAAAGGAACCUGAAAAAAAUAAGUGCUGUUUCUUGUUCCUUUGAGACAUAGCUCCUUCAAUAUAUACUUAUUCCUGCUUUCCAUGUAGCAAUCUGAGCAACUUUACCACGUGAUCUGUUAAGUGCGGGACUUUGAGGAAGAACAUGCCUUUGACAUUCUGAGCAUUGCAUCAGAAAGGUGGAUCUGCUUUAAAAAGGAGAAUGUUAGGGCCAGGGAUUUAGCUCAGUGGCACCAUGCCUGCCUUGCAGGCACAAGGUCCUGAGUUCAAUCCCUGGUACCAAAAAAAAAAAAAAAUGACAAUGUUUAAUAUCUACUGUAUCACAGGUCCCUGAGACCACCCCCAGUUCCGUGGUUCACUAGGAACAUUUACAGAACAGCAUAUAGUCUUACAGUUUUGAUUUAUGAUAGUGAAAAACACAAAGACAAAUCAGCAAAGGGAAAAGGCACUGGGGGCAAAGUCCCAAUGAAACCAAGUACAACCUUCUAGAGUCCUCUCUCGUUUGGAUCCCACAAGAUGUGCUUAAUUUCUCUAGCAGUGGUUUCUGACAAUGCAUAAAAGUCAUUAGGGGAAAAGUCAUUAAGGACUUGGUAUCCAAAGUUUGUGUUGGGGACAGGUCAUACUGGCAGCCUCUGCCUGGCACAUAGCAAAAUUCAAGACUCUCAGCAGGAAAGCAGGCAUUCAGCAUAAACUGUAUUGUUUGACCAGACAGUUUAGGUGCAGUUGCCAGUUGAAUCAGUUAAUGCUGGAAGUCCUUCCCACCCUUCGGAAACCUAAGUUCUCUGAAGCCAGCCAUGGGCCAGCCUUGCAAGCAGUCCUUUCCAAGGAUAGCAGUUCAAGCCUGCUACAUUAACUCUUUUCUGCACAAAAAUCAUACAGCUAGGGUUUUGGGUGCAAGAUGAAUGAAGUGUGGGUAGAUUUACGGAGUCCUGUUGUACGGGUUCUGUCCUACCAGGAAAACUAUGCCAGUUCUCAGGGCUUUUGUGCAUUAAUCUCCUAGGCAUGAGGGGCCAUGAUUAAAUUCCAUAGGGAUUUACCAUGUGGAUUCCACUGUGCUUAAGAUGGGAGUUCAGGUUACAGCUUGGCUGUACAUAUUGCACACCAGAACCAAAGACUAGUGUAGUCCUGGUCUCAGGGUGGUGAGGCUAAUUUUUAAAAAUUCUUUUUUAAAAAUUUCAGAUAUAUCCCCUUUCAGUACCCUUGCUACUUUUUAUCCUUUCUCUAAAACAAGUACAUGUCCUUAAAGACAAACUAAUAUGACAAGGCCAUAUUAUGACAGUCCUGGAAGAAAAAAACAUUUCUUAGUGUGAUAGUCUCUAAUCUCACAUAGAAGCAAGAAUACAGGCUUAGAACAAGGGGUUAGGAGUUAAGAAUUCCUGGAUUCUUUAAACUAAUUUUGCUGUUCACUUGCCAGAUCAUUUGGUCAGUUCACUUAUUUACUGUUUUCUAAACCUGUUGUGAAUGAAUGAAAUAUCCUGUUGUGUAUUUCAUAGAGAUAUGGGAAAUUCUGUUAAUGGAUGUCUUUAAUGCAGUGCUUUUAUGAAAAAAUGAAGUAUUGCUUAUUUAUUCAUUGUUUAUUUUUACCAUGUUAUUUAGAACAGUGGUGACUGGUUAGCUCAGUUGGUGAGCAAGCAAAUGGUGCUAUGAAUCAAGACCAAUGAUCAGUAGCAAGUACCAUUUCACUCUGGUCAUCAGUGAUACUAAUAUAAUGAGUGACCUUGAAAAUGGAUGUCACUGGCUACAGAAAUAAGGCAAGAGAGAGUGGUUGGAACCA